AUGGGACCUUUCCUGACUCACAAGACAAGCAACAGGUCCAGAACUCACGUUUUCCGCCCAUCCGCUUUCAGUUUCCCAUCGGUCGUCAACAAAGGCUGGAAUCGGAUCAGAAGCUCAGAAGUGCAAGAGAUUGGAUUGCGUAUUGCAUUGUUAACUCGGGUUAGAGCAAGGAUUGAAACAACUGGCAAAGCAAGAGCACUUACGAUAGUGCCUGCAGAAAUUGCAUAUAAUAGAGAAGAGUUUAUAUCAGGAGGUGGAAUGAAUACCCGAGAAAGGUCGACCAAGUCCUCUAACAGAAGUUGGUCAAAUAGAAUAUUCGAGUUAGGAGUUUGA